CAAACCCCUAAUCUCCCCAGCAUCCUUCACAAACCAAAAUCAAUCUUCUUCCACAUGUCGGAAAAGGUCUGCGACCACCACCAAGACGACCGCCGGAAAAUCCUCCGGCGGCUAUGCGGCGUCAUUCUGGUGGCCGGAUUCCUCCUCCUCCUCGUCAUCCUCCUCAUCUGGGCCAUCCUCCAGCCCAAAAACCCCCGCUUCGUCCUCCAAGACGCCACCAUCUUCUCCCUCAACGUCACCGCCCCUAACGUCAUCUCCACCACCGUCCAAGUCUCCAUCAACUCCCGCAACCCUAACUCCAGAGUUGGCAUCUACUACGACCGCCUCACCGUCUUCGCCGCCUACCGGAAUCAGCAAAUCACCUACUACUCCGCCAUCCCGCCGGUCUACCAGGGCCACAACGACGUCAACGUCUGGUCGCCGUUUAUCUACGGCAAUAACGUCCCCGUCGCGCCGUACAACGGCGUCGCCCUCGCGCAGGAUAAGUCCGACGGCGCCAUUUCUCUCGUCGUCAAAAUCUCCGGCCGCGUCCGGUGGAAGGUCGGCGCGUUCAUCUCCGGCCGCUACCACCUCCACGUCACGUGCCCCGCCUACAUCCCCAUCGGAAACAGCCGCAACACCGGAAUCGUCGUCGGGAAUAACGCCGUUAAGUACCAGCUCUCGCAAACCUGCUCCGUUAAUGUCUGAUCGGCCGCCGGCGCCGCCGCCGGCGAUUAUUAAUUGUAAAUUUUGCUGGAUGGAGAGAAUAAGUUAAUUAAAGAGAAAUAUAUUGUAAUAUUUGAAAUUUACUGAUGGUGUAACAUCUAUAUAUGCAUUUAAUUUUGCAAUAUUAAUUCUAUAUGUGCAAUAAUUUUCGAGUGAAAUUAAAAUGUAAUUUUUAUUA